AUGCAAUAUCUUCUUUUUUUCUUUUUUGCUUUCAUCGAUUUUAAUAUCAUUUGUUUAAUUAGUUAUUACAUUUUUUUGGUUUUAUUUAAUUUCUUCAUUUUCUUUUAUAUUUUUUUCCUCCUUUCAUUCUUUUUUAAAUUAAUAUUUCUUUUUUUCUGCUUUUUUCUUCAUUUUAUAUUUCUUUCGUUGUAUCUUUUCCAUUCAGUCUUUUUUCCUUUCUGUCUUUAUUUCUUUCAUCUUUUAAAUUAUUUUCUUUAUUUUAUUCUUUUUUUCAUUCAUUUUGCUUUCUUUGUUUCUUUUAAAUCAUAUUUAUUCUUUCCUUCUUUCUUUUUAUCUUUUCCUUUCUUUCUUGCAACUUUUAUAUCAUUCUUCAUUCUUUUCCUUAUUUCUAUUAUUUCUUUCUUUCGCUUUCUUUCUUUUUUAAAUCUUACUUCUUCAUUUCCUUCUUUUUUAUUUCUUUGUUUCCGACUUUCUUUCUUUCGAAUCUUCUUUCUUUCUUUCUUUCUUUCUUUCUUUCUUUCUUUCCAUUUGUUUGUUUGUUUGUUUGUUUCUUUCUUUCUCUUUACUUUCUUUCUUUCUAUCUUUCUUUUACAUAAAAUCUAUUUCAUUCUCAUCACCUUUCUUAAUUUCCAUUUUUUCUUUGUUUUAAAUCAUAUUUCUUUCUUUCUUUUUACUCUCUUUCUCUCUUUCUAUCUUUCUUUCUAUCUUUCUUUUACAUAA